AUGGCAGCUGGAUUCCACCCCCAUCUUGCUGGUGCUUGGCACCGAUAUGGCGCUAAGGCGCUAGGAGCCUCCAUGUGGUUCUGGAUGAUGUACCGAGCAAAACAAGACAUGCCCGUCUUGCUUGGAUGGAGACACCCAUGGGACGGUCACCACGGAGAUGAGCACGCAGAGCACCACUAG